UCUUACCUCGAGGAUCCCUCCGCAAUACGAACUCCGAAACCAUACUGAUCGGGGGAGAAAAACUCCGGAGUUCGAAAUGGCGGCGGCGGCGGCGGUGCGGCGCGCAGAGGAGCUGGUGGAGAGGGAGAUGAGCGGGCGCGACGCCUCCCACGACGCCGCCCACGCGCUCCGCGUCCGCGACCUAGCGCUGUCGCUCGCCGCGGAAGAGGGCCUCUCCGCCCCCGACCGCCUCCUCACCGUGGAACUGGCCGCUCUCCUGCACGACGUUGGAGAUUACAAGUACACCAAGGAUAAUGUGGAGGAUAUGAGCGUUGUUGACACAUUUCUUGAUGAUUUGGGGUUGGGUCGCCAGAAGGAUGAAAUAGUGGCGAUUAUUAAAGGGAUGGGAUUCAAAAAUGAAGUUUCAAAUAAGCUUAUUGCUGAGCAUACCCUUGAGUUUGCGAUUGUGCAAGAUGCAGAUCGUCUCGAUGCAAUUGGUGCAAUUGGUAUUGCAAGAUGUUUUACAUUUGGUGGGAGCAAGAAUAAUGCCUUGCAUGAUCCUAAAAUACUUCCACGUAAUAAUUUGUCAAAGGAGAAGUACAUGUCCAAGGGAGAAAAGCAGACAUCUAUCAAUCAUUUCCAUGAGAAGCUUUUCAAGUUGAAGGACAUGAUGAAAACAGAGGCUGGGAAAAGGAGAGCAGUGAAAAGGCACAAGUUCAUGGAGGAUUUUGUGGCUGAAUUCUAUGAAGAGUGGAGUGGCAGGGCAUGAAGUUGAACAACCAGGUUUUGAGCUUCUGGUAAAGUUGGGCAACUAGAUCUCAACUACUCAUGUGGCUGUUCGUCUACUCGGCCUAUAUCCUGCUGGUAAUGUCAUGCAAAUAAACAAGGCAAAACAAGCAGUCAACCACUUGGCUGAAGUUUGGACGGUGCUGGAGCACUUUGGCAAGUACGCCUCUGUAAUUGGCACAUAAGAAUUGGUAGUAAAAAUAGCUGAUUCGGAGCACAUUUAUUCAAAUAGAUGCCAUCACAUCUUACAGCUGUUGUACUAAAAUAAUAAUGCCAAAAUAUACCAGUGACAUCAACUGAAGCUUUAAGUGUAUCAUCAUCACACAUAAUAUACAGAUGUUCUAUAUUGCC